ACACUCCUCAAGGAUUUCGACUUUCGAACCGUUCUCUGGGAACUGUGGUCCAAGAACCUGGCUAGCCUACGAUCUCCCUCUCCCACUCCUUGUGUACUUGGGCCUCCUUCACCUAUUCAGGGCCGGCACUCGAGUAAUGCAGAAAAGCAUGCAAUAUGACACGCCAGCGAAUGAAUCUCCGCCGACAUAUACCGCAGUAUGCCCCCUGGCGCCCUGUCGCGGUCCGCCAGCAGCACCGCCCGUCGGUUCCAAUAACGUGGUAACCUCAAUAUACGGUGCUCCGUACGGAUAUCCACGUCGGGCACAUGUGCCAGCGCCAUGGUCCCUCGCUCCAGUUCAUCGUCGAAGGUCUUUCAGUGGGCAGAAUAUUCCAUUGAAUAGUCAAGCUGCCGGACUACCAUCACUGCUUCUCAUUUCCACGAUGGCAUUGGUGCCCGUCCAGACCACAAUAAUAAGAAGAAUGGAAGUGGCAGAAAACUUCUUCCACCGCUACCGGGACUUGGAGGGAAAAGCAAACACGAAGUGCCAACGCAGAGAAAAUGGACGAUGCGGACAAGGAAAAGCAAUACAAAUGGGUCAACUCGCCGCAUCAACCAAGCUCAAGCCCUUGCGCAUGGAAGGAGAAUGGACAGACUCGACAGAGAUGUUCCUCAGGUCUCUUGGCAACUAUCACCUCGUGUCGUUCUCCUGAACAAAUUCGACGCGACGCAUACGAUCCAUCUGCGUAGCUCGUGCUCCUUCUCGUAGCUGCGAUUUCAGGGGCGAGCCAGACGCCAGAGAACGACGGUCGUGUGCCUAGAUGCAAACUUGAUCCCAAGGACGAGGCCUCAGCGUUGCCUCACGGACUCGGAACCAUCAAAAAUUGGGACUGAAACGAAAC